UUUCUGUCAGUGAUAGUUAUCCCCAUGGCCCGGCGAGCGCGCAGCGACUCCAGCCCAGCAAUGGCGCUCUUCGCGCGCGCAAAGAGCGGCCAGUGUCGCGCCAACGAGGCCUUUUCCACUCAGACCUCGCGCGUGAACAUCGCCUGCUACGCAGUCUACUUCCUCAUCUUCCUGAGUCUGUUCUUUGUCGCGCUCACCCGUUUCGCUGCCAGCGAGAAUAAACGCCGAUCCGUCAUCUCGUGGCUCCUCCUCACCAUCUCCUUGACGUUCAUGCUCCUCGCCCAACUCAUAGGAGUCAUCACAACGACGCUCGCCGAAUGCGCCGUCCUGACCACCAACCACGCCACGCGCGCCUUCGUCCCAGUCGAUUGGCUAGUCCUGCUGGGCAAACUCGCUCUCUUCGCGCUCAUCCUCCUGCCCAUCUGUCGCCGGCUGCACUACGGCGCCAGCACAAAGAACAUCGACCGGUGGAUCCUCAUCCCGCAUUCGAUUAUCGUGGGGGUGCUGGGCGUGUUGGUUCUAGCUGCCGUGGCCGUGCAGACGAAGAUCGUGGAUCUGGUGUAUCGGACUGGGUUUAUGUAUGCGGAGCUGAAAGGGCUGGAGAAGCAGGAACGGCGGUUGCGGACAGCGGUUUAUGUGGUGGAGGUUCUUGGGAUGGUGGUUGCUGGAGGUCGGAUGGGGUGGGCGGUGGUGCGGGCGAGGCAUUUGAGGGGCGGGGAACUCGGCUUCUUCAUCCCCCUGCUCAUCGUGUCGGCGCUGGGGCUGGCGCUGACAGAUUUGGUGGGGUACGUGGAUGGAGCGUUCCGCAAGGUGACGCUCGCUCAAACGGACGAAGUAGUCCGGGAGCAGCAGGCGAAGAUGUACGUCGAGUAUUUCUUCUAUGCGGUGGCCGUGCUGAGUGCGGUGGUGGUGGUGUCGUCGAAGCGAUUGGGUGAUAAUGUGGGACGAAGCAGGAGAAGGUCGAGAGGAGGGGGAAGGGUCAGUAUGUCGACUGUACGGGGCAAGGGCGAUGCGUAGAUGUCUUGAAGAUAAGUUAGAUGUGUAGACAGCAACAUAGGGAUAUCUUAAUGUCUAGUUGACGAAUC